AAAAGACUCAGUAUCGGAGUAGGACUUGUCGCGCAAUGAAGAGCUACAUCGCCGGGCUCUCUAUAAUCUGUAGCCUAUGGCUCCAAGGAUCUCAUUCAAUGCUUCUGGAGGAGGAUUGCGGAGCUCAUAUAGGCGCGAGAAUAAGUAACGGCGUGAAUGCAGGACUGGCUAGACACCCAUGGAUGGCUUAUCUGCAUACGCUCGGCGAGUUCAAAUGCGCCGGAACACUUGUCAACCACUGGUUCGUCCUAACGGCGGCUCAAUGCAUCCCCGAUGACGUGAAUAUAAAGGUUCGCCUGGGCGAGUACAACAGGGAAACCAAGAAGGACUGCUUGCUCCAUAGAUGCACCGGACCUGCUCAGGAUUAUGAUGUGGACAUGGCCUUUAGGCAUUCGUAUUACAAAGCGGACCAGCACGCCAACGACAUUGGGAUGCUGCGACUGGGGAAAAGGGUGGAGUACCUUGGUGGGUCAGUUUACAUCCGUCCAAUCUGCUUUUUCGUGAACGAGAAGGCGAAGUCAGUGGUGAAUGAGGUCACCUGGUUCACGGCCACCGGAUGGGGCAAAACAGCCGCGGGCGAAAAUGCCAACACGAGUUCGAUCCUCCAGGAACUGAAAAUCAACCGCCGACCCAAGGAGCUAUGCUCCGGCAUCUUUGGCCGAGAAUUGACCUCCGAACAGAUCUGCGCUGGCAACGAUGACAGCAACCUCUGCAACGGCGACAAUGGCGGUCCGCAGAUUCGGCUAAUGAAGUACCGGAACGAGUACCGCUUCGUCCAGCUGGGAAUCGCCACCUGGAUGAACAAUCAGUGCCAAAACGCCAGCGUCAUCACGGAUCUCAUGAGCCACGGCGACUGGAUCAAGCGGGUGGUGAGACAGUUUGGACCUCCGGGUGAUGUGCUGCGGCGUUUAAUAAACCAAAAAAACAGUGAAGAUGAACUGCCGAUAUUCCAAGAGUCGAUUACAACGUAAGCAAGAAGACUACAACAUUAUUUCAAUGGUUAAUCAAAUAAUACAUUUAUGUAUGUGAAAUGCUUAAUAAAUGCAAAUACACUGCGCGAAUAA